GAGACCGUACCCCCCAGCUAUUUUUUCUUAGGGUCUUAAGUGUUGUGCGUGGCCAUUCAUGACUUUAAAGCUCCUCAGAAAAUCAGAGCAGAACAGUUGCUUGAAAACCCUCCACUAAUAAUAAACGAUACAGUUCUCUUCUAGACAUAAGCACCGCGUAGAUUAUAAACAAUGAACAGCCUUGCCAAAAGCGCUUUGCGGUCAGUGAAGCACGGCCGAGCUGCGUGGCUGAGGACUCGCUCUGUUCACUCUGGGAAGCAGCGAUUUGGCAGGCUGGUUUUGGGAAUAGAGACGAGCUGUGACGACACCGGCGCUGCUGUGGUGGAUGAAGCUGGCUGUGUUCUGGGAGAAGCACUGCACUGUCAGAAGGAAGUUCAUUUACAAUCAGGAGGAAUAAUUCCCGUGGUGGCACAGCAGCUCCACAGAGAAAACAUCGAGCGAGUGGUUCAGGAGGCCCUUCGUGCCAGCGGUGUUUCUGUGGCCGAGCUUGCGGCUGUGGCCACCACAGUGAAGCCCGGGCUCGCCCUGAGCCUGGGCGUGGGGCUGCAGUACAGCCGCAGCCUGGUCAGCAGGCACCAGAAACCCUUCAUCCCCAUCCAUCACAUGGAGGCUCACGCACUGACCAUCAGGCUCACGCAUCACCUGGAAUUUCCCUUCUUAGUUCUCCUCAUCUCUGGAGGCCACUGUCUCUUGGCAGUAGCACAAGGAGUUUCAGAUUUCCUCCUGCUUGGACAGUCCAUCGACAUCGCACCGGGUGAUAUGCUGGAUAAGGUGGCACGAAGGCUGUCUCUAAGAAAGCACCCAGAGUGCCACAGCAUGGCUGGGGGGAAGGCCAUAGAGCACUUGGCUCAGACUGGCAACCAGGAACUGCUCACCUUCCGACUGCCCAUGCGGCAGUAUCGGAACUGCGACUUCUCCUUCUCUGGACUUCAGAACCUUGUCAAUAAUGCCAUUGUACAGAAAGAAAAAGAAGAAGGUAUUCAGGAGGGUGAGAUCCUGUCCUGUGUUAAGGAUAUUGCUGCUGCCGUACAGCAUGCAGUGGCUGUUCAUAUUAUCCAGAGGACAUAUCGAGCCAUGCUCUUCUGCAUCAAAAACAGCAUAUUACCAUCAAAACAUGCCACUUUGGUUGUAUCAGGAGGAGUUGCAAGUAAUCAGUAUAUCCGAAAAGUUCUACAGAAUCUGGCAGAUGCAAAUGAUUUUGCUUUACUGUGUCCUCCUCCAAGACUCUGCACUGAUAAUGGUGUUAUGAUUGCAUGACUGAACGAUGUGCUGGAAUGCAGAGCUGUGAUGCACGUUUUUUAUGUAACUGCUUUGUUGCUCAGGAAUGGCAUUGAAAGGUUCCGUGCAGGGCUGGGGGUCCUUCACAGCGCUGCUGGCGUCCGCUACGAGCCAAGGUGAGUGACUGCUCCUUGCCAGGCUCUGUCCUCACUGCCUGCUGCAGGCUGGGAAAGGGGAACAGGGCACAUGGAAAAGAGGCACACGUUGCUGAGGAGUCUCUCUGCAGCACAUGGGAAUUUUAAAAGUUACCUUUCAAGGCAGUUUUAAAUACAAAUGAUUGUGGCUGCUAUUUAUGUUCGUUUUGGCUCAGAAAUUUAAUUUAUCAUACAUCAUAACAGUUCAAUGUGUUCAAUGAUUGUAUAGAUGUUAGGCUUAAGGCCAAACAAAAUGUGGAUAUCUCAAAAGUACCAGCUGGUCUAAAGUUGGGACUUUUUUCAGUUCUUUUUCCCUUUUCAAAAAAACAGACUUGAAUGGUCUCAAUACAAAAAAAAAUUGUAUUACAGUUUUCAGAUGAAAAAUAAAACUCUACUUCAAAAAUAAUUUGCUGUAUAUAUUUCAGUGAAUAAAAACCUAAGUUUUACUUUCUGUAGACAAUGCAUGAUUUAAGAAUAUCAUGGGAGUUACCUGUGAUUGUCUAGCGUUUUGCACGUAUCAGCAGGACCUAAAAUGAAUUAUCAACUAAAAUCAGAAUCUAAAUAGAACAACAGGCCCAGAAAAUGGCUUUGAAAUCACAACUGUGGUUCUAGAGUUUGGAAUGGCUACAAACACAAAUAUUUCCUCAUUGUAAAGAUAGUUCCAGGUACAGACUAUUUUAAUGGUCACAGUCUUAGAAGUGCAGGGAAUGUACUGAAAUACUUUGACUCUCGUGCUAAUUAUAAAAAAGGUCUGUGAAGCUGUACAUCUGUGAUAUGGCAAUGGCAAAGUUAAUUUUUAACAAAUACAUAAUUUUGUUUUCUAGAGCUCCCCUGGGAAUCGAUAUUUCAAAAAGAGUUGAAGAAGAUUCCAUCAAGGUUCCAAAACUAAAAGAGAUACGAUGGUUGGCAUCUUAAAAAGUAACUUAAUAAAAUAAAAGCAACUGUAAAUA